AGAGAGAGAGAGAGAGCGAGAGAGAAAGACCUACGCUGCCUUGACUCCUGGAUAUUGAAUCGCACGCCCAUCACGUUGUGUUCGGCGGAGCGGAGGAACAAACAAACAAAACGUUCUAAACUAAAAUCCCACUCAAAGUUUUAUUGUCUUGCUGGACGCGUAUUCUUCGGCUCGAGAACAUCUUCAGCGGUGAAGUUGGCGGAAGCAAGGAUAGCAGAGGUGGAGGGAAACCCCUUGUUUUUGAGCCCCGUGUUCAGGCCUUUUGUUUGAAACAAAAUGAAACCUCAGCUGAUGUGAUGUGGCAAUGGAUGCCUGGGAGUGUUUAACUUCUUCUGCUGUGCUCCCUCUUGAGUGACCACCCCCGCUUCUUCCCCGCCCUUUGACUCCACCUCUUCCGUGAUGUCAUCUCAGGCCACGCCCAUCCAAGGGUCCCGACCAGUGACCCCUCCACUGAUCUCUCCAGGAUCCCCACAGUCUCCAUUUUCACCAGAGUCCCUGCAUCCUCCAGCCUGCAGGCAAAGAGACCGCUCUCCUUCCCCCAUGAGAGGUUACCUCAUCCCCAGCCCUCUGCCCACACGCAGAAACAGGACCUGCUCAGCGACGGCUCGUGCAUCAGAGGGUCCGUUGUUCACUGGUGUGUGUAAAUGCUUCUCCCGCUCCAAAGGCCAUGGCUUCAUCACGCCAUCCGAUGGGGGCAGCGACAUCUUUGUCCACAUCUCAGACAUCGAGGGCGAGUACGUGCCGGUGGAAGGUGACGAGGUGAGCUACAAAAUCUGCUCCAUCCCUCCCAAACACACGAAGAUCCAGGCGGUGGAGGUGGCCAUAACCCACCUCAAGCCGGGAACCAAACACGAGACCUGGGCCGGACGCGUGGUCAGCAGUUGAGCGCUGUCACUUGCGGGGGGAGGGGGGUGGGUCAAAGAGGCCGUGGCCCGAGGUGGGUGGGUAGGGUCAUAUAGAGAAAAUUAAGAGGCAUGGCAAGGAUGGGGAGAAUCGAAACAAGGGUUGUUAGCAGGCACAGUGGGCAGUAGGGCUGGGUAUCGUUCAAAAUGUUCAAUACCAACACCGUGACUUUGAUACCGGUUCCUAAACGCUACUUUUUUGGAUACCGUAAUUGAUUGAUUGAAACAAAAAGAAAUUAUAACAUUACACGUUAUGGUCUAGUCCCUGUGCGUAACGUAGAUUAUUUUCCCGCGUGCAUUAUUAGAUCUUGGUAGAAGCAUGCUGCAUGCUCAUUGGCUCUCUGACGCUGAUUAGAUUUACUCCUUAGGUAUUGAAAUUGGGUAUUGAAUUUUCUUUCGACACUCGACAGUAAGGACACAAUUCGGUCGGAGCCUAAAAGGUAUUGAAAUCGGUACCCAGCCCUAGUGGGUGAAGGGGAAACCCAAGCAGGAAAUUAAAGGAUGGCUGAGGCGACUAGUAAAGGUUUAAACUAGAGGGAAAUAUUCAUGAUCUCAUAGUUUCCUUAUGUUGAAAUGUGGGAACCUUCUUCUGCCAUACCUGGGAAAUGAGGAACUAUACUUUGGGAAAAUAUACAGUUGGUUUGACUGGUAGGUGAAUAGAUACGUGAUUACAGUGGAGGAGAUGUUUAUCAUAGAAAGUCGUUUGUUUUUUUGCUUAGACUCGUAGACAUAUUGUGGGGCUUACUUUUUUUUUUUUUUUUUUUUUUACCUUAUGUGAUGAGGAAAUUCAUUUCAGUUGCAAUUAUUCAUAUCCUGGAAAACUGAGAUUCAUUUAGUUGAAUUCAACUUAACAGCAUUUGAAACUAGAAUUACUGCGUGUGCCUACUUCUACCCAGAGAACUGACGGCUCUGUUUGUGCCUACUUAAGCUAACUAUCAUCUGUAUUUGAUCAUGUGUGGGUGACUAUAUGAGUGAAUUAAAGCAUUUUCAACAGGUA